AUGCAAACCCCCCGGAGUUCGGCGAUCACCGUCACCGCGGGAAGCAUCAUCCCGGCCGGGCUCCGUCUAGGUCCCGUACAGGGCAUUUUUAAGCUGGGGAAAUAUAUGUCCGAUCGCAAGGAGCAUUGCAACAAGAAAAAGGUGCGUUUUGUUAGAGGGGAUUUGGUUGAUGAAGCCGGCGACUCCGUGCCGGAAUGGACAGAGUUAAUCCGACCAGCCAGGCAUAUCCAAGAGCAGAACUUAGAAGCAAUCACCGACCUUCCGGGGGGACAGAUAUUUUACCGAACACUGAGGGAAAUCCAGCCUGGAGAGGAGCUAGCUGCUUGGUAUUCCAGUUCUUUAGCUCAGUGGCUCGAUAUCCCAACCACAGCUACACCGACACACGAUGAGAAAGGGGAAGAGCGCUAUAUUUGUUGGUACUGCUGGAGAGCGUUUAAAUAUCCGAACACGCUAAAGGCUCACAUACACUUCCACUGCACCCUGAGUAACGGCAGAGGAUUCAUCAACAACGACCAGACUCGGAUCUCGGAAACUUUCAGCAGGUCGCCGAAGAGUGCAGACAUAUCCAGUACAGCAACGCUGAGGAAUGGUCAUCAAAUCUCACCCGUCUCUGCAGAGGAGGGUAAACGAUCAGUUUCGCCAUUCCUGGCCAAAGCCUCCCUGAUUAAGAAGUCAGCGGGGUCGUUGGAUGAACAGGACCGGGCUCUGGACAUGAGCGUUAACUCAGCCCGAAGCCACGCUUCCCUGACCACCCUCAGCGAGACUUCCUCAAUAGUCAGUGCGAUGGGCUUUCAUCCUGGGAUUAGAUCCGCGUUCAAACCUACCGGAUUAUCAAAAUUAAUAUCUUCCGAGCCGGGCGGUGACUGCAGCAGCAAGACAAAUGGAAUGGCCUUCAAUAAGCUGCCCACCAGCAUGAAACCGCCGCGUUCUACCAGCGAGACCAUGGUAGGAAGCCACCCUUCCAAGUGCAUCCACUCAAUAGAGCCCCCGGCCCCCGCACUGCCCUGCAGUGACAGCACCAGAGGCUUUCCUUUGUUUAGCAACUUUGAAGAGACGUCGGCCUUCAAACACGUCGAAAGGGGUUUCCACACCAGCCUGUCUCCGAGCCGCUGUGCCACCAUUCCAAGCGGCGUCCAUUUUGAGAGGUUCUCCAUUCCUCCCUUUGAAGGUGUGAAGCCUUUCCCCGGGGAAUGCAACAUUCCGCUGAUGCCCUUGACCGUGUACAAUGGCGAAUUCCUCUACAGCUCCCCCUAUUACCCCCUGAAGUUCCACUUCAGCAACUUGGUCAAGUACCCAGAGACCGUCACCUACUUUGGCGCCCCAUCCCUCAAUCCGGAACUUGGCUCCAUCACCAACAUCGACCGAGAAAUCGCAAUGCACACCCAGCAACUGAGCAGCAUCGCCGCGGAAAAGAACAGAUCCCGACUGGAGUCCAUUUCGACCACCACCACUUCCAGCGGCAAACCCAAAAAGGGCCACCUCUGCCUAUACUGCGGUAAGCUCUACUCCCGUAAAUACGGCCUUAAAAUCCACAUGCGGACACAUACGGGCUACAAGCCUCUAAAGUGCAAAGUUUGCCUCCGACCUUUCGGAGAUCCCAGCAACCUCAACAAACACAUCCGCUUACACGCGGAGGGGAACACGCCCUACAGGUGUGAAUUCUGCGGCAAGGUGUUGGUGCGUCGCAGGGAUUUGGAGAGGCAUGUGAAAUCCCGACACCCAGGGCAAAAUAUUCACAAGGCAGACAGCAAAAUGGACGAAGCCGAGCAGAAAAGUGACCACAGCAACGAGAGCGACGUGGAUGUGUGCUUUACUGACGAUCAGAGCGACCAAGAUUCAGGAAGGAACAAUGAUCAGUGA